AUGGUGGUCCGGGAAGAUUACUUCCAAAAAGGGUUCGACGCUAUUGGCCGUCUCAGUCAUACGACACUCCAGAAAUGUAAUGCUACAAUUCGUCAACUUGAUCCUGGACAAACGGCGGAUUUAUUCGACGAAUACCUGCACAUCGGGGAAAGCACAGGGAGACUUUGUUUGAUGAACUUCUGCAAAGGCGUCCGGGGAGCCUUCACCGAUGAAUUUCUGAAGAAGUCAAGCACCGCAGAUUUUCAGUUUCUGCUCCGACUUCACGAACAAGUGCACGGAUUCCCCGGGUUGCUCGACAGCGUCGAUUGCAUGCAUUGGCAAUGGACGAAUUGCCCAGUGGCGUGGAGGGAGUCAUACAUGAGCGGCCACAAAGGCACCCACCCCACCGUUAUACACGAGGCCGUUGCCGACUAUCGGCUUUGGAUUUGUCAUGCGUAUUUUGGGGUCCCCGGAUCGAACAACGACGUCAAUGUGCUCAACCAAUCCGAACUCUUCAGCGAAGUUCUGAAUGGUAAAGCGUCGGCCAUCAACUUCAUCGCUAACAACCGCCAGUAUAAAAUAGGGUACUAUCUUGCGGAAGGCAUCUAUCCGAACUGGCCAACCUUCGUGAAGACGCAGGCCGAUGAACGAUAA